AAUACGCCGUCAGUUGCUUUUGUUGGUGAGUGCGCACACUCUUCCAGCACAGCACCUUUUUUUUUCCUUCGCACCCACAACCACCAUGAGGGAGUUCAAAAGCAAGGAAUUCUGGAGGGCCGUUCUGGCCGAGCUGGUGGGCAUGACUUUGUUCAUUUUCCUCAGCAUCGCGGCGGCCAUCGGUAAACCGGGUGACCCAGGCCAGGAGGUCAAGGUGUCGCUGGCCUUCGGGCUGGCCAUCGCCACGCUGGCGCAGAGUCUGGGACACAUCAGUGGCGCCCACCUGAACCCCGCUGUCACUUUGGGGAUGCUGGCCAGCUGCCAGAUUAGCGUGUUCCGGGCCGUCAUGUACGUUGUGGCACAGCUGCUGGGCUCGGCCUUGGCCAGCGGGAUCUUGUACGGCGCGCGUCCCAACACCACUAAUGCACUGGGACUCAACUCUCUCAGCGGUGUCACCCCUAGCCAGGGUGUGGGCAUCGAGCUGCUGGCGACGUUUCAGCUCGUGCUGUGUGUCAUUGCCGUCACUGAUAAAAGGCGGGGUGACGUCACCGGCUCGGCACCCUUAGCCAUCGGACUCUCCGUGUGCUUGGGACACUUGGCAGCUAUCAGCUACACUGGCUGCGGCAUCAAUCCCGCACGCACUUUUGGACCGGCUUUGAUCCUGAAUGACUUCACAGACCACUGGGUCUAUUGGGUGGGGCCCAUGUGCGGCGGUGUGGCGGCAGCCCUCGUCUACGAUUUCCUCCUCUCGCCCAAAUUUGACAACUUCCCCGAGCGCAUGAAAGUGCUAGUCAGUGGGCCAGUGGGUGAAUAUGACGUCACCAAUGAUGCAGCCACCAUGGAAAUGGCAACCAAGUAGUAGUAGUAACAGUAGAAGUGCACUGUCUGUACCGGGGUGUCCAAAGUUUGUGGCCCGCAGCUCAUUUUUAUUGGCCGUCAGCAUAUCCUAAAAGUAAAAUUCAUUCAUUAUCAACAAGAUAUAUAAUUAGACAGUACCUAGAAAGCAAAAGCCAACAUGUUGUUUUGGUCAGAUAGCUUAGCAUGUAUUGAUCUACACUGGAUUGGUUUUCGCACCGAUAAUGCACAAAAUGUAUGAAAAUGGCAAUCCGCAUCAUUUCAUUUUUCUGUAUGCGGCCCUCAGUGGAAAAAAUCUGGACACCCCCGAUCUAUACACUCUUGUGUAUACUCUUUAUAAAGAGAGCUGUUGGUUUUAGCGUAGUCAAGUCACUGUUUUUAUCUCUGGUGUCUUUUUGUAUGUAUGAAGCACACACCGGGCUUUGACCCCGCACAGUAGUGUGUUGAAAUGAUCUCCCAUUAUCAGUAUUCUAUAUGUUGAGCCAUUUUAUUUUGUAUAUCUAUAUUGUAUGUGCCUUUAUCACGUUUUAUGUCCAGUGGGUUGUAUGUUGAAAUGUUUUGAAAGAAUAAAAGCACACAGUUGUUCUUG